UCUAGCAGACCGGACCGUUCUCAAUGUCGCUGUCGACACGUCGGACCUACUGGUGUCUACUACUUUUAGCUUUUGUUAUUGAGGAAUCAAGAUGCAAAUCUUGACAAAUGAUGCAUUCGAGAAAUAUUUGGAGAGGAUUUCUUAUACUUGUUUUCCUUACUACGAUACAUCCUGUGAUAUCGGAUCAAAAAGACAUUGUGUUUUUAGUAGAUGUAACGUCAGGGGCCACAUCCAGUGAAUUUGACCUCGUUGUAGAUUUUAUAUACGAUGUUGUCUCACACCUUACCAUAGGAUCUAACGACAUGCUCAUUUCUGUGGUGACGUUUUCAUCUACUGCCACGGAAUCGUUCGAUUUGAAUGACUUUACCGACAGGACUGGCCUGUUGAACGCUAUUACGUCUCUAAAAUCCAUGACACCAUCUGGAACCAAUGGCAUGGUCACUGGCCUCAAUUACGUGAAAGAUAAUUCCUUUGAGACAAGUAAGGGAGCGCGCACUCUUGCAGACGACACAUUAGUGCUCAUUGCAUACAGCCAGUCAGCAACUAUUUUUCAAACGGCCCAAGUUGGAGGCCAGCUCGGCCUAAGUGAGAUUCAUGCGUACACAGUUGGUAUCGGGUCAUCAGUAUCAAAGUCAGAGUUGACCUUUGUUUCAACUGCUCCGGAUGCCGACAAUCACCAUGAUGUGAACAGUUUCAGCCUUCUGUGUGAUUUAGUGCCUAUACUUGUCCCCAAACUCGAUAGCGCAAGCAGUGUGACGUCAGCAGACGGAUGUCCGGUAACGACAACAUCAACCUCCACUACCACGACAACCACCACCACUACCACUACUACCACAACACAGACCACUACAACCACUACUACAGCCACACCUGGACCCCCGUCUCUCAAAGAUAUUAUUUUCGUGGUUGACGUGUCUUCUGGAGCCAAUGACUCGGAUCUGGAUUAUAUCACCGACUUUGUGUACAAAGUAGUGUCUGUUCUGACAAUAGGCGACAAUGACACGCUGGUUUCUAUUAUUACGUUCUCUGAUACCAUCGAGGAACAUUUCACACUUGACGUACACACAACUAGCGCUUCACUGCUGAGCGCAACGAGCUCCUUGAUGGCGUUGACUCCUAGUGGUAGCCCAUUGACCUAUGAUGCAUUCAGCUACAUCGGCUCCAACGCUUUCGACAAAGGGCGUUCAGCAGCUCCUGACGUCAUUGUCUUGGUGACGUUUAGCCAAUCAACAAGUACGACGCAAACGGCUUUCAACGCUCAGUCCCUGAGAGAUGCCGGUGCUAGUGUCUUUGUAGUCGGUGUGGGUUCUGCCCUGACGAGCGAUAACGACGAAUUGAUCGCUGUGGCAUCGUCACCUAGCUCCUAUUAUUUACAUUAUGUGGCCAACUUUAGCGAUGUGUGCUACCUGCUUCCUACAAUCGUCCCCAAACUUGACAGUUCCAAAAGCGCUACCACAGACGUGUGUUCAACACUGAUAACGGCACCAGUCACGGACUCUAGUGUAGACACGGAAGUACCUGAAGAAAGCGGGGGCGAAAGCGGGGGCGAAAGCGGGGGCGAUAACGCGAUCCUGGUGGUCGGGGCUGUCGUUGGAGGAGUCUGUGUUACCAUAAUGUUGCUACUCGGGACCUGCAUCCUUAUAAGCUUUUUGAAAAAGAGGGAUAUGAUAUCGAAUAAAACAGCAAUAAAAGAGCUCAGUCGAUCUGAUGCAAGCAUUCGCCGAAGUACAGAGGAGUUGAGUCGAGUAUCAGCGUCUAAGACAGCGACAGACAAUCAUGAACAUCACACACGUCACGAUUCAGACCUCUCGAACAGCAGCCAUGGGACUGCUUCUCCCGUGGCUCUUAUCACAGAACGGGACCUACCAGGUAUGAUUGUAAAAGAGCAAGAGGGUUUACCUAAUGACAGAGAUGUAGCGUCAAGUUUGGUGUCGAUUUCGGACCCAACCAAUGAAUCAGAAAAGACGUUUGAUGAAGGUUACAGAUCUAAUAGCCUUGAGAAUAGAACGCCGGAGUCUGCAGGGUCAGAUAAACUAAGUUUUUCCAGUUCAGAAAAAGACAUGUUUCGGCAGGACUUUGUUGACUGGAGGACUACCAGUCCGUGUGAGCAAUCGCAUGGGCAUAAUGCAUUGGAAUCUAUCCAGACGGAAGAACAAUUUGAAAAGGAUGAAAACAAUAUUAACACUACCGGUAUACUAAACGAGAAAGAUGAUGAUGAUGUUCAGAAAGAGGAGUCGAAGUACACCAAAGAUUUAAAUAAGGAGAAAUAUCUACAGAGUGAUAGAAUACAAACAGUGAUAACGUCUAAAAGUGUAUCCGAACACGCUCCAAAUUCAAAAUCUGGAAAUAUCCCCAAACAAAAAAGGCCAGCUUCACAAUCUCGAGCUCGACAUAAACAGGCCACACCUUCUUUAGCUGACGCCAUUCAUUCGAACACUCACGUGUCAAAAAAUGCAGAAGCACCAGACACAUCCAAACGUCGGAAUCCAAAAGAGAAGAAGAAGGUCCUAAUUCGACAGGAUACUCAGACAAGCAUCUACUGUAGGAGGCCUAGUAUGGUACACAUAGACAUUGGGGAAAUAUGACGACAGGAACACCUUAUCCUUAGUUCGAGAUUUCUGUGUGAAAUGUUGGACCAGUUUUCUAUUGUAAAAUAGAAAUUAUCCCGUCAGAUUUCAGAGAUACAUGACCGAAAGAAAAUUCCUAUCAGGUCUUAUUGUGUUCUGAAAUAGAAAGUAUAAACAGGGAACACUUACGAAAUAGACAUUUAAUACACUGAAGUAAAAAAGGUGGCUUACAAUCCCAUAUCAUUAUUUUCAUGUGUUUUUAUAUUGACAUCACACACAUCUACAUAGGGAAUAUCUGAUAGCAUUACUCAUUAUCGCAGGAAUUCAUUGAUUAAUGAAUUACACAAGUAACUGUAUAUCAUAUAUCUUGAUAAUAAUGGUAUAUAAUAGUCGACACUGUCGUUGUAGUGUGAACUCAUAUAUUCUUGGAUUUCAUAUAUAUGACGCAAUGGAACGUACUCUUUAUGUGUCGCGAUCAAUAUAUCUUAAAAUAUACCAGAACAAAGGCUGUGAAACAUUUCCGAUCUGCUUGUAAUUGUUAUGAGGAAUAGUUUAUUUUAUGGCUGUUUUGAGGAAUUUUCCUGUACAGAACAUCUUAUACUCAAACAUUGAAUAUUCAUAGUAUAUGAAAGUCUUAUUUUCAUUGUAAGUAAAUUGUUUUUAAUGUUUGAUUUAAGUUAGAAGUAAAAAAUAUCUUAUCAGUUAUUGAUUGUGAAUUUAGUUGUUCGAUUUUGUGCGCUAAAGCUUGUUUUGUUUGAAACAUUGAAAGUCAUAUGUAGUUUAGUUGAAAGCCAGUAUUUAAAUAGGAAUAUUUUCCUUUAUCUACAUCUAGUGCAAAGAGAUAUUUCAUUUUGUGCCAUUAACUUGCGUGUUUCUAUUAUGAAGGGGUGUGUGUGUUAUGCUUAUUAUCGUGUUUGGUUGUCACUUCUGUAUAUAGUUUGUUGUAAUUGUGUUUCUACAAUUAGCUUCUCCAAAGCAGAGUCAUUUUGUGUUACUUAUAACGAAACAAAGGUGGUGAUUUGUGUUUUGGUAUAACAUACACCACGCUAAAUUUAACUGAUAGAUACUGUUUUGAAUCGGUGCUCAAUCUCAAAGACUUCGUGUCAUUGUUUGUGUGGUAAUAGUGCGGUAUUUAUUCUUAAUGUCGGCUAUUGACCUCGGUCUCUCACUAUUCAUUCAUAGGAUGAUUGUCGUUGGCAAUAUUAUUAUCUGCAUUGUAUUUCACUAAAGGAUUUCUUUUUGCAUGUCCUGAGAACAUUUGAGACGUAUUAAUGGCAGACAGACAGACAGACAGACAAAUAGAAAACAAAGUAUAUCAUUGGUUGAAGAAAAAGAAAAAAUUAUGAAGGACAUAAAACAUAAUAUACAACAGUGAGUUUGAUGACAUUAAUUGUUGUCUCGUGGAUAUUAAAUUUUAAAACAAAAUGUCAAAUGUACAAUCCCUUGUGAAAUCAUAGU